CAACAACGGAAGAAGUCGAGAAAAAAUCGACUGCUGCGCGUCGCGAAUAGUGCGUGUGGCUCAGUAAAAUGUUUUCUCUCAAUUGCAGCACAAGUCGGCGAAAUAAUGACGGACUCGUUUCCGCUGCAUGAGUGCGUCUUUAACGGUGAUACCCGUAAGCUAUCGCUGCUGCUCCGGACUCACGAAAUAGCUGAAAAGGACAAACAUGGAAACACUCCACUCCAUUUGGCUGUUAUGCUGGGAAAGAAAGAAUGUAUCUUCUUAUUGCUUGCACAUGGCGCACCGGUUAAAGUGAAAAAUUCUCAAGGAUGGUCACCCCUAGCGGAAGCGAUCUCAUACGGAGAUCGUCAAAUAAUAAGUUCACUGUUGCGCAAAUUGAAGCAACAGGCACGCGAACAAAUGGAACAACGUCGCCCGAACCUGGUGAAAGCCCUAAAGCAGAUGGGUGACUUCUACAUGGAGCUCAAGUGGGACUUUCAUUCCUGGGUGCCACUUAUCUCCCGUAUCCUUCCCUCUGACGUGUGCAAAAUUCACAAAUCCGGCUGUUCGAUCCGGCUGGAUACGACGCUGGUUGAUUUUUCCGAUAUGCGCUGGGAGCGUGGCGACAUCUCGUUCAUUUUCAAAGGCGAUAACCCUCCAAAGGACUCGUUGACGGCGCUCGACAACGAGUGUCGUUGUUACCAGCACGUGCGACACGAAGAGACCGAGAUGGAGAUUGAGGAUGAGGUCGAUAUCUUGAUGUCGAGCGACAUCCUUGCGGCGCAGAUGUCAACGAAGGGUAUCAGUUUCACGAAAGCACAAUCCGGCUGGAUCUUUCGCGAGGAUCGGCGGGAAACGGUGGCCGGACAGUACGACAGUGAUCUCUACACAAUAAACGGGCUGACGCUGGAGCAGCGUAAGCGCCGCGAACACUUAUCUCGAGACGAUCUGCAGAAAAACAAAGCGCUGAUGGAGUCACUGACGAAGGGCGGCCAGGGUCAGCAGGGCGGCAUCGAUCAGAAUGGCGAGAUCUAUCGAAGGGAAUCGCUCCAGCCACCGCCGAACUGUGAAGUCACCUGGCAGGAUUACGUUUCGGCUGAGCCAGGACAGUAUCCAAACUUGGGUCGUGAAUUAGUUUAUAAGGAAUCGAGUAAAAAUUUUAAAGCAACAGUAGCUAUGAGCAAAGACUUCCCGCUGAGUGUCGACAUGCUGCUAAACGUACUGGAAGUAAUAGCACCGUUCAAGCACUUCAGCAAGCUGCGGGAAUUUGUGACGCUGAAACUGCCCAGCGGCUUCCCGGUGAAGAUCGACAUCCCCAUCCUACCGACGGUGUCGGCCAAGAUCACAUUUCAAAAGUUCGAGUUCCGGGACGACAUUUCGCCCGAUCUGUUCGUCAUUCCGGAGGACUACAAAGAGGACACGAUGAGAUUUCCUGAUUUAUGACCUUUCGAUAUCGACCGACUAAAUGCGUGCUCGUUGCUGCUAGCUGCCAGCCAACCUGGACAAACCGUACCGCAGCCGCUGGCUCCGCUGCUGUCUGCCUUUGCAGCCGGUCGCGGUGUCCGGGGUGCGAACUAUUCGUGUUCAACUCCUCCGCAGCCAUUGGGCUCGUGCUUGUCGACGACGAUAGGAAUGUUGUUCAUCACAGCAAUGUAGACUCGCCAGGACGGAUUGACAUGUUGUUCUCUUUACUCUCUAAGCCGCCGGUUUCUGGGUAUAAUCUACGAAUUGGUUUUGAAUGAUUUGUACCACUGAAGAGAGCAGAGGUUGUCUCCAAUCAGGAAAACACUAUACUGUGGUGAGGUUGUAAACGUGAAAAGAUCGCGGAAAGCGUUCAUAGCGUUAUAAGAGGACAGUAGAGGAAACGGUAUUAAAAUUGUUAGAAUAGUAUUUUAUUAUCCUACACAUGCUGUAUUAAAGCGGCGAUAUGUAAACGUGUGAAGGGGGUACGGUCGUUUGAAUGGAAGUUUGGCUUCUAGUAACAUUUUCUACCUUUCAAGCCGCUGUUGGAUCUCUUUUUAUUUGUUAGAAGGAAAAAACAAUGUAAAAGUCAACAAGAUAUAAGUAACGUACACAUACAGGGCAAUGUUUCACAGGUUUUUUUUAUAUUAUGUUUAUCUAAAUAAAUUCCAGCUGACCGAUAUCUGCAAUAGCGAAAAGAGAAGAGAUACUAACGAUAUCAUUUGUUGGCAAAUGCAGCGAAAACAGAGCAAUCGAUAAAUACUAUACUGGAGGAUCAUUUUGGAUUGUUUGCCGACCAACAAGGCGUAAACCGCAGGGGCGGAGGCAAUUAAGAAACAGAAAAGAAGACAAAUUUUUGGUGUACGUAGUGGGUAACGAAUUUAUAAUAGCAUUUGGCAAACAUAUAAACUAAACAAACUAUACAGAAAUGGAAUGCAGAAGCGCAUCGCCCGAACGAUACAAACACAUUUUACCAAAUUUCAUUAAAUCCAAAUACCAAUGUCGAAGGAAGGAAAGGAGAUGUUUGAUAAUCGCAAACUUUUGCCGUGUAUGGAAUCUACCUGGCUCUACCAAUCCCAUCCAUUUGUCUAUUAUAUUAUUUAAUUCCUGCUAGUAUGUGACUUGAUGCUGCAUGAUGCUGCACUGUGUUCACUAUUUGGGCGCAUGUGUGUGUGUAUAUGAGUCGGCCAGGAUAAUGUCGUUCAACCCCAUUAGAAAGAGUGUAGAUGUAAAACUCUGGUUCGUGGAAGUGUCGUGCAUGUUCAAUGGUCAAAGGAAUCGAGGGAGGGUCGAGAAGGAGUCGAGAAUACAAAUCACGAACACUUGCUACCAAACGGAUAUACAUACAUAUGAUGUCUCUAAACCAAAAUCGGCAAUUUGUAAGAUGUUUCUUAGAUGGACAAACUGUGCGUCGAGUAAAGAAAUGGAAAACAUGAGGAAGAAGAAAACAAAUAUGACAAAGAACAUUCAUUUAAA